AUGACAAGAACAGCUGAGAUUACGCAAUGAAUAGUAAAAAUACACUAUUUUUAAAGAAAAUAGUGAGAAAAAUAGGAAAGGUGACAAGAGAAAAAGUUUUUUUCAGCUUUGAGGUUUCCUCCACCUGAAGAAAGGAAAAAGCCUAAUCCUCUCCAACUCUGUAACCAUGAGUCUCUUCGGUCUGGGCAGAAAUCAGCGAACAUUCCGCCCCAAAAAAAAUGCACCCUCAGGAAGUAAGGGUGCACAGCUUAAACAGCACAUUGAUUCUACCCUGGGCAGUGGGAAUCUAAGGGAAGCAGUAAGGCCACCUCCCGGGGAAGAUUUAAAUGAAUGGCUCGCAGUCAACACCGUGGAUUUCUUCAAUCAGGUGAAUCUGCUCUAUAGUACCCUUACAGAGUUUUGUACUGCUGAGAAUUGUCCUACAAUGACUGCAGGCCCCAAGUAUGAAUAUAGAUGGGCCGAUGGUGGGCAGAUCAAGAAACCUAUCAAGGUUUCGGCACCAAAAUAUGUCGAUUAUUUAAUGGACUGGAUCGAAUCACAACUCGAUGAUCAAUCCUUCUUUCCUCAAAAGCUUGGUGUACCGUUUCCUCCCAACUUCAAGGAGGUCGUGAAAACGAUAUUCAAAAAACUAUUCCGAGUAUACGCCCACGUCUAUCACUCGCACUUCCAGAAAAUCGUGAGCCUCAAGGAAGAAGCCCAUCUGAACACAUGCUUCAAGCAUUUCAUUCUGUUCACUUCUGAAUUCGGGGUGAUCGACAAGAAAGAGCUAGCUCCACUCCAGGAUCUCAUCGACUCCAUCAUAGUCCCCAGCUAAAUAUAUAGGCCAAGUCUUGAGACCUGAAGAAAAUCCCAUAUCUAGAAGCUGCAAAACCAUAUGAUCCCUACUAAUAACAUGUUAACACAUGAAAACAAAUUAGCAAGUAAACCCAAUUCAUAUUUAUAGUAUUAGA